UCCAUCCGAAAGUUACAGUUGUACACGACAGCAUCGUAAAGACUUUGAAAAUGUCAGUGCUGUUGCUGUUUCUUGCCUGUUUGAUGGGGAUGUGUUACACCAAUCCAAUAUCUAAGGAGGAAUUAAUGGUGGAUGAUGAUGGAGAUGAUUCCAAUGAGGUUAUAGAAAACAGUUUUGGAAAGUUACCCGAUCCUGAUAUGACGAAAACUUUGUUGAAGUAUUUAAUGAUGAUGUACAGAAAUUCCGAAAUGGAGAAAGACAAUAUGGGUUCUACCAGCGUCGACACACUAAUCGAGGAGUUUAAAACUGCUCUAAAAGGUUUACAAAAUUCGCUGGGUACUAAACACGUCCCCGACGACGAUUCUAAGAGCGUUACUUCUUCGGCAGUGACUGAAGUACAGACUGUCACGACGACUACAACAGCAGCACCAACUACCACAACUGCUGCUCUCAUUACCACUUCUGCACCCGUACACAACAGUACAGUUAUGGCCGAAAUAACGAAGACGGAGAAAUUACCCGAGAAGGACAAUGACCAAAUACAUUUGGUAAUUGGCAUGCUGAAUAGCGCCCUUUCUUUAGUCAAAGCGGGAAUUUCCCUCUUAGGAAAGUCGUAAACAAGUUGCAACACGCGAAUUCUGGAUGUAACGAGCUUUUUCAGCUUAAAAUAAACGUUUGACUUGAAUCAUUAAA